CCGUUGUCUCGAGCAACUGCUCGACUCCAUUCCAUCCGUCACCUCCUUGUACAGUUGUAGCACCAGAGCAACUCUCUGCCUGGUUCCUCCUGCACGUUCAACGCUCCCCCCAAGACAAACGCCGGCGGCGACGACUUCCCUUUUUUUUUUCCGGUCCCCCUGCGCAACUUGAAACUCUUGACAUCGUUGCUUCUUUCCCUUUGACACCACACCGCGCCUCGCAUCAAACGCUCCUGCUACGCCUCUGAGCAGAGCUUUCCGACUCGCUACAACGGCUCCGAGCUAGUUUGCACGUCGGCCGAGGGCUUGGCUUCGCGAGGGAGGCGUUGCCCGUCCGUCGACCGCAGCGACGACUCGCUGCUUCCCCGCCCGCACCGAGUCCGAUCAGGGCAUCCACGAGAGCUCACCUGCCAUUUUGUGCCUGGGAAUCGCGAGCGCACCAUGCCUCGACCCGCCAAGAGACGGCACGCCGCGGCGGCAGCCCCGGUCUCCCCACCCAUCAGCUCCUUCACGCGCGUCUCCAAGUCCCAGGUCGCUCCCGACCCGUCGCUGAAGAAGGCCCAAGUCGAGGCCCCGGUCCCUGCCAGCAGCCGCAAGAGAAAGGCCGCGUCCUUUGAGGAGCUGGAGCAGGAGCAGGAGCCCAGCCUGACGCGACGCACCGUGUCGUUCCCGCCGAGCAGCAGCGACGACGAGGAGGCACCCACGCCGCGCAAGCGUGCCUGUCGACGUACCGAAGACCCCGACGCCCGCCGCGCCCCGGUCAAGCCCACGGUCGUCAAGGGCAAGCGCGUCGCCAAGGCGGCACCUUCGAGGGCGCAGACCGCACACCGUCCCAGCGAGACGACCAUCCUCGCGACGACGCGGCGGCAGGAGAAGACGGUACAGACCAAGAUCGACGUCGCAUACAGCAAGCGAGUCAACAAGGCCAAGAGCGAGGACAAGCAGGCGACACCCUUGCCACCUCAUCUCGCGGACCUGGUCAGCCUGAACAAGGUCUUUCUCAAGACGGUCACCCUUCAGAUCGCCCACAGCGGCAGCAACGCGCCCGUCGACCUUCGCACCAUCUCUCCCCAGAUUGCCCGCACCUGGGGCAAGAGGCAGGUCACCGUCGAAGACAUCCGCCGGUGCAUCGCCAUACAGUCGCAUGCGAGUCCCGCCACAACUACGACAUCUACAGCCCCCACGACGUGCUCCCCGUUCAUCGUGUCCGACUAUGGCAGGGGCAGGGUCUGCGUGGAGCUCGCCCCCGGUCACAAUGGCCUAGCAAUCAACGAGGACCGCCUCAACCGGCUGUUCGAGGCCAACCUGCGCGCCCUCUGCGCCGAGCGUGCCGUCGACGACAUGGCCGACGUGGACGUGCCGCUGGCGAGUCUCUCCCUCGCCGAACUACCGCAGGCGGCCAUCGCCGAUAUGGGCGCCUCGGCGAGAGUCAACCCGAUGCUCAGCAAAGGCCACCGAGCGCUGGCGGACCUGCGCGGCGGCAUCCUCGCCAAGCAGCAGGAGAGAGAGGCCAAGCAGCAGCAGGCCGCAGCGAGCAGCUCGGCGACCACCAACGCAAACGGCCCCAAGAUGAGCCUGCUGGACCGCCUCCGCCUCAAGCAGGCGGCCAAGACCAACGAGGCCGCGCCGCCGUCGGGCCCCGAGCUGCAGCGCCGGGCCGCGCUCAACCGCGUCGCCGACGUGGCCGCCACCAUCUCCAUGCUCAGCCUCUCGAACCCGCUGUCGCUGCCCCGGCAGGCCUUCACCAUGGCCGCCAUUCUGGAGAAGCUCAAGGACUCGCUCCGCGUGCCCGUCUCGCGGGAGGAGGGCACCGCCUGCGUGCGGCUCAUUGCCAGCGAGGUGGCACCCGAGUGGUUGCGCGUAGUUACCAUUGGGGGGCGGGAGAACGUGGUGGUGCAGAGGAACGGCCAGCCUGUCGAUCGGGUUAUUCACGAGCGCGUACAGAAGCUUCUGGCGGGCUGAGAGGGCUUCGUUUUACGGUUGGGGUUGAUGACUGGAUUGUUAUUGGCGACUUGGACGAGGCCGGGGUAGGACACCACGGAUUCAGGGGCUGUCUGUUUGCGCGUUGAAGCAGCUCCGGCUUGCGCGCUUUGGGGAGCAUGGUGUUGGCGUUUAUCCUGGAAAGGGGCAUGAAUUGGCGUUCAUGGGCAUGACUGUUGGAUGAGACGGCUAGCUUUGGCAGUCUGAUGAUGAGCAAGCGCUGUCACUGUACGGAGUAGGAUAUAGAAUUUCACCCAUGCCCGUUGCUGCACUUGAAGCCGCG